AUGUCGCGUAGACUCGAAGAGUACAUCGAAAAGAUUCACUACUCUGAUCGAUAUAGCGACGACGAAUUUGAAUACCGUCAUGUCAUUCUACCCAAGCAGCUACUCAAGAUGAUCCCUAAAGAGUACUUCAACCCAGAUGAAUCAGGUACUCUUCGCCUACUGGCAGAGCACGAGUGGAGAGGAAUUGGGAUCACGCAGAGCCUGGGCUGGGAACACUACGAAGUCCAUGCACCUGAGCCCCAUGUUCUCCUCUUCAGACGGGCCAAAAACUACGUCCCGCCUACCCAGCCAACGGCAGCGAUUCGAGGAACCACUCGACGGAAGUAA